GGCCCGGGACCGCUCGCGCAGACUUCUCGGCCGGGCUGAAGACGCCGGCCGCUCGGGGCCGCCCCUGUGCUUGCCUCCGGCAGCCGCUCAGCCCACCGCCCCCGCCCCGGUGCCGGGCUCGCGGCAUCCAGCCCGCGUCCGAGCGCAGAGCUCCCGCCCCGGGGAGCUUCCCGGCCGUCGGCGGACCCCGCGGCCCGUGCGCUCGGCGCCCUGCUCGCGGGGCAGAGGGGAGGGAGGCGACUGGCUGGGGAUGGGCGAGCCGGCUGCGCUGAGGGGCGCCGGGGGGUUCGGUGCGCUCCUCCUGGCGCUGGUGGCCGCGGGGAUCCCCGCGGGCGCCUACAACCUCGACCCGCAGCGUCCCGUGCGCUUCCAGGGCCCCGCCGGCUCCUUCUUCGGCUACGCGGUGCUGGAGCAUUUCCACGACAACACGCGCUGGGUCCUUGUGGGUGCGCCAAAGGCAGAUUCCAAAUACAGCGCUUCAGUGAAGUCCCCUGGGGCUGUGUUUAAAUGCCGCGUUCAUACGAACCCUGACCGGAGAUGCACCGAACUGGACAUGGCUCGAGGGAAGAGUCGGGGCACACCCUGUGGAAAGACCUGUCGGGAAGACCGGGAUGAUGAGUGGAUGGGGGUGAGCCUGGCCCGGCAGCCCAAGCCCGAUGGCCGAGUGUUGGCCUGUGCCCACCGCUGGAAGAACAUCUACUAUGAAACAGACCACAUCCUGCCCCAUGGCUUCUGCUAUAUCAUCCCAUCCAACCUCCAGGCCAAAGGCAGGACGCUGAUCCCUUGCUAUGAAGAGUAUAAGAAGAAGUACGGAGAGGAACAUGGCUCCUGCCAGGCUGGGAUAGCAGGCUUCUUCACCGAGGAGCUGGUGGUGAUGGGCGCCCCGGGGUCAUUUUAUUGGGCUGGGACGGUCAAAGUGCUGAACCUUACGGACAACGCCUAUUUUAAACUGAAUGAUGACACGAUCAUGAGCAGGCGGUACACCUACCUGGGCUACGCAGUGACUGCUGGCCAUUUCUCUCACUCGUCCACCACUGACGUGGUAGGAGGCGCCCCACAGGAUGAAGGCAUCGGAAAGGUUUAUAUUUUUAGAGCUGACCGAAGAUCAGGCACCUUAAUUAAGAUUUUUCAGGCAUCAGGUAAAAAGAUGGGCUCUUACUUCGGCUCCUCCUUGUGCGCAGUUGACCUGAAUGGGGAUGGCCUCUCUGACCUGCUGGUGGGGGCCCCCAUGUUUUCUGAGAUCAGAGACGAGGGGCAGGUCACCGUCUACAUCAACAGAGGAAAUGGAGCCCUCGAGGAGCAGCUGGCCCUGACUGGGGAUAGCGCCUACAAUGCACACUUUGGGGAGAGCAUCGCCAGUCUAGGGGACCUUGACGACGAUGGGUUCCCAGAUGUGGCCAUUGGGGCACCCAAAGAGGAUGACUUCUCGGGGGCAGUCUACAUCUAUCAUGGUGACGCCGGUGGAAUAGUCCCCCAGUACUCAAUGAAAUUGUUUGGGCGGAAGAUAAAUCCAGUUCUACGGAUGUUUGGCCAGUCCAUAUCAGGAGGCAUUGAUAUGGAUGGAAAUGGCUACCCUGAUGUCACUGUUGGAGCCUUCAUGUCUGACAGUGUGGUUCUUCUAAGAGCGAGACCCGUCAUUACGGUGGAUGUCUCCAUCUUCCUUCCAGGCUCCAUCAACAUCACAGCGCCUCAGUGUCAUGAUGGACAGCAGCCCGUGAACUGCCUGAAUGUCACCGCCUGCUUCAGCUUCCAUGGCAAACAUGUUCCCGGAGAAAUUGGCCUGAAUUACGUUCUGACGGCUGAUGUGGCCAAAAAGGAGAAGGGCCAGCUUCCCAGGGUCUACUUUGUGUUGCUGGGAGAGACGGUGGGUCAGGUCACAGAAAAGCUGCAGCUGACCCACUUGGAGGAGACAUGUCAUCACUACACGGCCCAUGUGAAGCGGAGGGUGCAGGACGUCAUCAGCCCUAUCGUGUUUGAAGCGGCCUACAGCCUCGGCGAGCAUGUGACUGGAGAGGAGGAGAGGGAGCUGCCAGCCCUGACACCAGUUCUCCGCUGGAAAAAGGGACAAAAGAUUGCCCAAAAGAAUCAGACUGUUUUUGAAAGGAAUUGCCGUUCAGACGAUUGUGCUGCUGACCUGCAGCUUCGCGGUAAACUGUUGCUCUCCAGUAUUGAUGAGAAAACCCCGUAUCUAGCUUUGGGGGCUGUGAAGAAUAUCUCUCUAAACAUCUCCAUCUCCAACCUCGGAGAUGAUGCCUAUGAUGCCAACGUGUCCUUCAAUGUUUCCCGGGAGCUCUUCUUCAUCAACAUGUGGCAGAAGGAGGAGAUGGGAAUUUCCUGUGAGCUGCUGGAAUCGGACUUCCUCAAAUGCAGCGUGGGAUUUCCUUUCAUGAGGUCAAAGUCGAAGUAUGAAUUCAGCGUGAUCUUUGAUACAAGCCACCUGUCUGGGGAAGAGGACGUUCUCAGUUUCAUUGUUACUGCUCAGAGUGGCAACGUGGAGCGCUCUGAAUCUCUGCAUGACAACACGCUCAUUCUGACGGUGCCACUGAUGCACGAAGUGGACACAUCCAUCACUGGAAUCACGUCUCCGACCUCCUUUGUGUACGGCGAGUCUGUAGACGUGUCCAACUUCAUUCAGCUGGAUGACUUGGAGUGUCAUUUUCAGCCCAUCAAUGUCACCCUUCAGGUCUACAACACUGGCCCGAGCACCCUUCCUGGGUCAUCUGUCAGCAUCUCUUUCCCCAAUCGACUCUCGUCUGGUGGCGCAGAGAUGUUUCAUGUCCAGGAAAUGAUGGUGGGCCAAGAGAAGGGAAACUGCUCUUUCCAGAAAAACCCAACCCCCUGCAUCAUCCCUCAAGAACAAGAAAAUAUCUUCCACACAAUAUUUGCUUUCUUCACAAAGUCUGGAAGAAAAGUCUUGGACUGUGAAAAACCAGGAAUUUCUUGCCUAACAAUGCACUGUAACCUUAGUGCUCUUGCUAAAGAAGAAAGUCGUACUAUAGACAUUUACAUGCUGCUGAACACAGAAAUACUGAAGAAGGACAGUUCGUCUGUUAUCCAGUUCAUGGCCCGAGCCAAGGUGAAGGUGGAUCCUGCCCUUAGGGUGGUGGAAAUAGCCAACGGGAACCCAGAAGAGGUGGCGGUGGUCUUCGAGGCCUUGCACAAUCUGGAGCCCCGAGGCUACGUCGUGGGGUGGAUCAUCGCCAUAAGUUUGCUGGUGGGAAUCCUCAUCUUCCUGCUGCUGGCCGUGCUGCUCUGGAAGAUGGGAUUCUUUCGCCGAAGGUACAAAGAAAUUAUUGAAGCUGAAAAGAACCGGAAAGAGAGCGAAGACAGUUGGGACUUGGUCCAGAAAAACCAGUGAGCUGCCACACCGGUCAUGUGACCCGAUCACUAGCCUGUCAUCCUUGAUCUUUGUAUCUUCCAUAUUUGGAAGAAAAAAAAUCUUCUCCAGAUUUUUCGGAGGCCCCACUGAUGCUGUUCUCUUCCUCAUUCUGUCGAGCCCAGGUGCCAGCCUGCGGCAGCCACUGCGGCCAGGUCACACGACCAGAGCCACCACCACUUUCUUUUAAAGAUGAACUCUGAACUCUGGAAAGCAAGCUAGAGAGCCGAGCAAUAUUUAUGGAUGCAACGUGCAUGGUCAACCCUCAGGGGAAAACUGUUACCUAAAAGUAUUUUUAUAAAUAUAAGCCUUUUAUACUGAUUAUGUCUUUAUAUUUGUAUCAAUGUUUUAUUAUUUCUAUUAAAUAGUUAUAUAAUUCAUUCAAGCACUGACAUCUGGCUGAAAAUCUUGGAAGUACAUAUACAUGAAUUUACAAAUUUUAAAGGAUAAAAAUCUUAUUGUAUUUUGGAACUUGCUGUUAAAAAGACUUGCGGAUAAAAUAAGCUGAAGAAACCUCAUGUAAUGAAUCCACCAAGCUGGCAGUGGUGCAUAUAAACUGUGGAUGUGGCAGGACCCCUAAGACAUUUCACGUCUUUAUUGCCUGGAGUCAAGUUUGGAGUCAUGCACUAAAGUGUGCUAAAGCACUGUAAGUGUUUUUUCAUAUGGACCUUUCAUUGGAAGAUUCCCAACACGAACUUGGAUGGAAUGCUAGCAGCAAGUCUGCUCUGCGUCACCUUUAUACAGCAGACACCUCACCUCUCCCUGCCUGGGUUGAUGGAUGAAAGCUUGGAGCACCACCAGUGGGUCAUCUGCUAAACCUCAGAAUGGCGUCUCAUCCUGGAUGUCAUGCAUCAGAGUUCACACACCACGAGGACUAAAUCCGUGCCCCUCAGGCAAAGACUUGGGUGUGUAUGCUGGGAGGCAUUGCAUUUUCACGGUGAUUUUAUUUCACAGGUCUCCAUUUUCCUUCCCACUCUGCUGUCCCAGCUAGUGGUAAUUGCAGAUUCCUUCCCAGAGAUGACCAUUCAACUUUUUUUUAAAAAAGUGUUUUAGGUGGGGUUCCCAAGAAGCAGACCCUGAAAGAAGGAUUUGUGUGCAAGUAACUUACUAAGGAAGUGCCCCUGGGGGAUACCAGUAAAGGACCCUGGAAGCACGAUGGGGGAGGGGAGGAAGCCAGGCAAAGGUGCCAUGUCAGGGAAAGUUCCAUGGAGCAGCUUCAGCCUGAUCAGGGGAGCUCUGGAGGGUAAGUUGGGCCUCAGAGUAAUCCCAACCUGAGGCAAGGGAGCCGGGCUUUCUUGUUCCUGCACCCAGGGGAGAUGUAAACAUUCUGCUCUCAGUUCCUGCCGGCAGAAUGGCCCCAGGAGCUCAGAGAUGGUCCUCUAAAGAAAAGCCACAGGUGCACCCCCAACCUGGGAGACAUACAGAAAUGAUGUAAACAGAUCUGAGCAGAGCACUGAUGUCCUCCCACGCCCUGCACGUGUGAAUGCGGAGUUGCAGCCUUCCAUACCCCAGCUCUCUGUUUGACAGUAGACAUGUUAUCAGAUGCACUGUGCUGCCCCGUUUUGAGUGUGGUGUGAUUUUCUAAAAGGGCAGUGAGAUGAUGGAUGUAGCAUGCUCAGCACUGCACCCAGCCCAUAGUGAUCACUCAGUAACUGUUCGCAGCCAUGGCUGCUGUUGCCACUGCUGGGUAACCAUCUAAUAAGCAGAAAACACAGGGCUGAGAGCAGCGUCUAAUGAAGAGUCUGAACGGCUUGUUACGUGCAGCCUGCCAAAGCCGAGCUACACACAGAUGGCAUCUAGUGGGAAUAAAACACUACAUAAGACCAAGGAUCUUUCUUAUGUUUACUGAAAGCUAACAUGUUGACAGUCUGUGAACAUUGUUAAAGGACACAGAACUCAACUUUAGGGGAGACAGGUUUUCCAUACACAUACUUGGCUAAUACAAACAUAUCUAAAAUUUUGGCAGAAUUAUGAGGGUGCUGGGCAGGUGCAAACCUGGCAUGGAGUGUGUGUAUGUGUGUUUUUGGGUUUCUUAUUACUAUGCAGUUGAUCCUGCUGCAGAAAGAUAGUAAGUUAGGCUUCCUUCCUGGUGAACGUGGGAAUAGACAACAAAGUCAGGGGGCCAGUGGCAUGAACUAAGCUGGUCCUAGAAGUCGGGGACGUUGCUUCUCACUGUGAAUGGAGGCACAGCAGGAGCUACAGGGCCAGAUCAGGCAAAGAAACCAGCUCUCACUCUGAGUCUGUUUAUGAGGUUUAUCAAAAGCAAUAAGAAAAGCAGUCUUGGGUGGGUUUUAGUCACUCAUUUAACAGCUGUUUAUGGGGUGCCUGCUGUGUGUCAGGCAGUGUGCUAGGUGCUAGAGGUUCUCUGGAGAAUACCACAGGCACAUUUUGCCUUAGGGUGGCAAAGCCUCUUGCAAUGGCAUGUACAAUGUGGAUUUUUAAAAAUGGGACCCCAUUUGCCACUUUCCUUUGAUGGACUCUUGUUAAUCGUGUCAUGUUUUCUUUUAAUAUAUUAUUUAGGAUUCUUAGGUGGUAGAUCCCGGAGCCGCUCCAUCAGCAGCUCUGGCCUAACGUAUUUAUAGCCACUAACCUGCCUCCUGCAAGGAGUACAGGUGCCUCUUGUGACAGUGUAGAAGGGUGACUCACAGGCCCACAGUUCUGCCAGCCAGAGGGCAAAGCCCCAUUUCAGAGAGGGUGGACUCCUGUGGGCUGUCUCAGAAUCGGGAUCCAUUUGACUCUGCAUGGGAAACCCACACGAGUGGUUGUGCAUCCAGGUCACAAAGACUUCAUGAGGCAGUUUUUAAGGAAACCGUACUUGGCAACACCAGCAGCAAAUGCUGGCGGCCAGCCCAGGAACCUGUCUGGGUAAGGACGGUGCUCUGCUCGUCCGAUCCUGCUGAGUCACAGGCAGGGCUCCAAGGACCGUGGAGUUAACCAUUUAGCACAAUGAUAAAGAAAGAAGCCAAGAAUAUUGUUAGAGCUCUUUCAACCUGGGCAGUUCACCUGCACCAUCCCAGUUGAGAAGCCCUCAGUACGCUCUCAGGGAAGCAGGCAGGUGGGUUGGCAUGUCUGUGUUCCCUCCCCAGGACAGUCUUUCAAGAUUGCACAGUGAGUUCUACUUUCUACCCUCCCCGCUUCUCUGGGUCUGCUGCGGAAUCCUGUAAGAUGUUCUCUCGGGCAGCAUUAUUUCAGUUUGCUUCAGCUUUUAGUUACAUAUUUAUAUGGUUUUAACCAACUGUCAGAGGAUUGGGAAACUUUUUAAAUAGGAAAAAGGACCUUUGUAAAAAUUGAGUAAAAUAAUACCCCUUUUUCAAAGGAGAUUUGCUUAUGCUCAAUUUACAUAGGACUCGAGAGAAUUUUGAACAUCCCUGAAGUUCUGGACCUGUCACAAAGAAGAGGCCAGAGGUUUAGAUACAAGGGGACACCAGCAGGAGGGGGCAGGGGCCGCCAGCUCGAUGGGGACUGACAAGCACCCAUCCCCUGGCAGGUCUUCAGGAAUCCUCAGUCAGCACCACCAGUACUCAGAGAUUUGGUAAACUUUGUAGAAAGCCCAGUAGACAGUCCUCCUUCACCAAAUCGUGUAUAGCCUACAGUCCUUGAGUCAAAGGCAAGGAGGUUAAAAACAAAAACCCAGUAUCACUCCCGGGAACACCUCGGACCUGUUUUUCAUGUGGAAGUGUAGCAGAUCCUCCAAACGCCCCAUGUGCUGUAUGCUACGUGUUGAACCCCAGCAUGGAGAUUUUUUGAAAGGUUAUUUACAACUUUUAUUUUUGGGUAAGGCAUUAUGGCCAGGUGAAUGCAGUUAUGCCUGGGUUACACAUGAAAUGUACACCUGGUGAAAUGUAUGCUUGGUUCAGAUUUCUUUGAAGUUUAGAGGUGCUGCAAAGAAUUGUCAUUGUGGCCUUCAGCAGACAAAAGGCAGAAAGUGAGUGUCUUUUCAGAAAUGCUUCAAGUAUGCACAGUUUUAGUUGAUGUUUUGUUUUGAUAUAUAGAGUAAUAAUAUACACAGUGGAGAAUAUUUUAUGAAACAAAGAAUGGCCGAAGGGAGGAUACAGAGCCAGUAGGGCCAAAAUGAACCUUCUAGAAUGUCUUCUGAUUUUUCAGCACAUGGGAAGGAUAAUGAACAAAUUUCCCAACAUGGUGCAAUGCUUUAUAGCACAAUGAUCUAGAUUUCAGACUUUAAAGUUUUUUUUUUUUUAAUUCUAAUGUGCACGAUGUGAUGGACAGAGUGAGCUUAAAAGCUUUAAGAGUGAUUAAUUGCAUGGCAGGCACCCACGCUAUCUGCACUUCUAGAACAUUACUGAUGCAUCCAUGUACAUUUCCAUUGAGGAAUUUGGGGGGGAGGGGGUGUUCCACCUCAUGAUGUCACAUGUAUUGAAGUCUAUGCAGUCACUUCUAUUCACUUGCACUGUUUGGGAAAUGCCAGGUUUACAAAGAUACAUGUUUGGAAUAAAAAAAUGUCUGCAAA